UGAUUUGAAUGGUCCUGGAAUUGCCACCAAUCUUUGACGCGCUUUCGGCCUCUCGGCUGCUGGCCUGAAUCAGGCCCAUCGCUCUCUGAGCAACACCACCGGCCCGUGGUGGAAGGGACCAGCUAGCCAAAUGGAGAUGCCGCCAGGCAGUGCGGAGGGAGAAGAGGACACCUCCCAACAGCACCCACAGUGGAGAAGGAAAGCGCAAGAGGACCCCGCUCCUCACUUUAGGCAUCCGCCCAGAGGCGCUCCUACGGAAACCGUGGAGCUGGGUGGAAAGCCAGAUGCCACCAGCCAAAUUCUAGAGCGCCCUCACGAACUGGCCACUGAACUUGCAGAAGAUUCCAAGUGUCCUGGAUCGGCCAGUGAGCUCCGAGAGCCCCUUCAGGCUUCCCAUCUCUGGUACUGUCCCGAUGGGAGUUUUGUCAAGAAGAUCGUAACCCGUGGCCAGGGCUUGGAGAAACCCAAGCUGGGCUCUCGCUGUCGGGUACUGGUCUCGGGGUUUCCUGUAGGCGCAGGACUGCCAGGAGGCUGGACAGAGCUCACUGUGGGAAUGGGGCCCGGGAGGGAAAACCCUUGGAGAGAGCUGGUGGAGAAAUGUUUGGAGUCCAUGUGUCAGGGAGAGCAGGCGGAACUUCAGCUCCCUGGGCACCCCGGGGCCCCCGGCAGGCUCACCCUGGCCACCUUCACCCAGGGCCGGGACUCCUGGGAGCUGGAGGCCAGGGAGAAGGAAGCCCUGGCCCGGGAAGAACGUGCUCAGGGUACAGAAUUAUUUCGAGCGGGGAACCCUGCAGGGGCUGCCCGAUGCUAUGGACGGGCUCUUCGGCUGCUGCUGUCUUUACCUCCACCUGGCCCUCCAGAACGAGCCGCGCUCCAUGCCAACCUAGCCGCCUGCCAGCUGUUGCUUGGGCAGCCCCAGUUGGCCGCCCAGAACUGUGACAAGGCACUGGAGCGAGAGCCUGGACACGUGAAGGCUUUGUACCGAAGAGGGGUCGCUCAAGCUGCCCUUGGCAACCUGGGGAAAGCAAUUGAUGACCUCCGGAAGGUGUUGGCCAUCGACCCAAAGAACAGGGCCGCUCAGGAGGAGCUGGGGAAGGUGGUCGCUCAGGGCAGGAAACAGGACGCUGCGUUGGCUCAGGGUCUCCGCAAGAUGUUUGGCUGAUUAAAAAUUCACCCUUAUAAGAGACUGAAA